UAAAUAGAGCAAAAAAGAAAGCUAGUCUUCGGAAUUGUAUGUGUAAUUUUAGUCAUGGCGUUUCAUGUCCAUCAUGAACUGCUUUUAGGGUUUCUUGUCGUUGUGGUUUCACUGAGUCAUUGUUCAGCUGCCGGCAAUAAUUACACGUAUAAACCUGGCGAUUAUGAUGCGGUUUGGCUCAACCGGAGCAGUUUCCCGCCCGGUUUUCUUUUUGGGACCUCAUCGGCUGCUUAUCAGUAUGAAGGUGCCGCAAAUGAAGGUGGUAAAGGGCCAAGUAUCUGGGAUUACUUCACUCACAAAUACCCAGAGAAAAUAGCUAGUGGGAGUAAUGGAGACGUCGCCGUCGAUCAGUACCACCGAUACAAGGAAGAUGUGGGGAUAAUGAAGGAAAUGGGGUUAGAUGCUUACAAGUUCUCAAUCUCAUGGCCUCGAAUUCUACCUAAGGGAAAGCUAAAAGGAGGUAUCAACAAGGAAGGAGUGCAACAUUACAACAAUCUCAUCAACAAGCUCCUAGCCCACGGUAUUCAACCUUUUGUGACAUUGUUCCACUACGACCUCCCUCAAACCCUAGAGGAGGAGUAUGGCGGUUUCUUGAGUCCACUUGUUGUGGACGAUUUUCGCGAUUAUGUAAAUGUUUGUUUCGAGGAGUUUGGGGACCGAGUGAAGCACUGGAUAACUUUGAACGAGCCGUGGAGCUUCUGCUAUUUUGGCUAUGUGACCGGGGUGGCGGCGCCCGGCCGGUGUUCGGAGUGGCAGAUGCUGAACUGCACGGGCGGUGAUUCCGGCACGGAGCCUUACAUAGUCGCACACCAUCAGAUUCUUGCUCACGCUGCCGCCGUGAAGCUGUACAGAGAGAAGUACCAGGCAUCUCAAAAGGGGGUAAUAGGAAUAACGUUGGUGUCUGUUUGGUUUGUGCCUUACUCUCAUGCAAAGGAUAACAAAAAUGCAGCAUUAAGGGCUUUGGAUUUCAAUAUCGGAUGGUUCUUGGAGCCCAUCACAUACGGCGACUACCCACAAAGCAUGCGUGCCCUUGCCGGAAGCAGACUCCCCAAGUUCACGGAGGAGCAGUCUCUGGUCGUAAAAGGGUCGUUCGACUUCCUCGGAUUGAACUAUUACACCUCUUCCUACGCGAAACAAGCGCCUCGUGCCAAUUCGCCUCCAAGCUACGUGACCGACGCGCUCGUGAAUCAAACGACCGAGCGUGAUGGAGUUCCAAUUGGUCCCCAGGCUGCUUCCAGUUGGCUACACGUGUAUCCCAGAGGAAUACGCAGUGUUUUGCUCUAUAUAAAGCAAAAGUACAAUGAUCCACUCAUUUACAUUACUGAGAAUGGGAUCGAUGAGUUCAACAACUCGACGUUGCCACUGGAGCAACAGCUGUCUGACUACACGAGAAUUGAUUAUCAUUAUCGCCAUCUCUCGUAUCUCCGAGAGGCUAUUAAGAACGGUGUGAAGGUGAAAGGCUACUUCGUGUGGUCGAUGUUGGACAAUUUCGAAUGGGUUAGCGGUUACUCCGUUCGAUUUGGCAUCAACUAUGUCGAUUACCAGACUGGGUUGAGGAGAAUCCCCAAACGAUCGGCACGGUGGUUCAAGAGCUUUCUCAAGAAGUAGUGAAGAUGAAGACAUGCAUUACAUACAUUA